AUAUUAAAGACAUACGUGAUGCAAGUUCAUUUUCUUAUAUUAUAAGAGAGAAAGAGAAAGAGAGAGAGGUGGGAUUCUCCUGGUGAGAUCCGAAUCGAGUACGACGGCGUUUUGUAGAUUGGUAAGGAUUGAGGAUGAGGUGUAUCAACAAAGCAGGGUACGCCUGGGCAGUAUCAGCGGGACUCAACGCAGCUCUAGCUGCCAUAUCCGCAAAGCUUUUUACCACUCAGAUAAUUAGGUAUGGUUUAAUAAUACUGUUCAAUGUGACAAUGUGGGGAUGUUAUGUAAAUAGCCUUAAAGCUCUAUCAUCUCUUCAAGCUACGGUGACCAAUUUCGCUACUAACUUCCUCACUUCUGGUCUAGCUGGAUAUUUUUUGUUCCAAGAACCAUUAUCAUUUCAGUGGUUUGCAGGGGCUAUGCUUAUUGUAGUUGGGGUUCUCAUCCUUAGUAAAUCAAGCAUUGAGAAGGCUAGGAGGGAGUAAAGCUUUAUGUAGUAAGUGUAUAACUACAAAAUAUUUUCCUUUGUAGUUUUUAUUGGUAAAGGGGAACUAUUAUCUUUGUAUGGUGUAGAUGAAAUGAAAUGUAAUGAUUCAGGUUGAUUGUAAAUCUCUAGUUUUCCCAACGCCACAUGUACUCUGGAAGAUUGCAUUUUGCAAUGUUAUUUUCUUUUACUCCAUGUGUUUAAUCAA